CGCGCAAACAAGACCAACCAAGUUGCCCGAGUCUAACCGCAAGUUCCGCUGCCGCUCGUUAGACUACAAACCAAAGUAUGCAGCCCUCCCUCGUCCGCCGCCAGCUGGGAAACCUUAUUCCUCCCAAAAUUGCUACACUGAAACUUGUGUCGGCAGGUUCUGGUGAAGGGCUAGCACCCCUCGUAAAUUUCUACUCAAGGCUACCAAAGGGGCCAGCACCAAGUCAAGUCGGAGGAAUAAAAGCAAAGUACUUUAGCGGGAAGAACGCCUCGGCAGCACCUGCUGUUUGGGUCAUCCUUGGCCUCUUUGCGCUUGGGUAUACCAUCGACUACCAGAUGCACUUGAAGCAUCAUAAGAACCACGCGCACUAAAGACCUGCAGUGCUUGUGCGGUUCCCAGCCUUUGAUUGCAGUAUACCCCAUCUCGUGGGUGACAUGUUGCACUUCUUUCCUCAUAUAGAUAGCAGAAUUUUACUACGUUGCUGGUCCG